ACGCGUGGCAUUACAUACCAAGUAUCUAGCUAUCUUGCCGUCUGAUGCCUUGGCGGAAGAUUUUUGAGGAUUCUUAAGUGGGUUCUUGGUCGCUUUCGAAUCCGCAUUCCCAACUCCUGGGAACUCAUGGCCUAAGGAUUCGUUGUAUCCAGCCCUCACAUUCGCUUCAUACACACGGAAUUGUACUGCAUUUCGUCAUAAUGCGCUGGUGGGACGCCUUCGUUUUGGCCGCUUGUGCGAGCCAGACUGCCGCACACGCAGACCCGGAUGACCUGGGUGCCGGUGUGCCGAAGCUCGCCGGGGCCCGAAAAUUCUUGUCUGAAUUUAGAGGGAGAAGGAGAUGGGAAACUCGGUCACAUGCCACAGAGAGGGAAGAGGUGGUAGAGGCUCGAAGUGGCCGAAGGUCUGAGAAGCGGGACGAACUCGAGACUCGCCAAAGGGGCAGUAGCCGAUGCGGCGCAAGCCGUGGUAAAUGCGCGGCUGGUUACUGCUGCUCCGCUGAAGGGUACUGUGGGCAAGGAGAAGACUACUGUACUUCACCUGACUGCCAAAUAAACUAUGGCCCGGCGUGUGAUGGCAACAACAAGCCAAGCGGUACGGAUACAUCGACGAUCGCUCGUCCAAAAUUGGGCAAGGUGCAGUAUGGUGGUGUUGGUAUUUACGAUUGCGUGAACGAAGGUGACAUCGCCGUUACUUUUGAUGAUGGACCGUACGAAUAUACCAACGAUCUUCUCGACAAGUUCAAAAAAUACGAGGCAAAAGCUACCUUUUUUAUUACCGGGAACAACUUAGGCAAGGGACCAAUUAAUGAUCCUGCGUACCCCUGGGCUACUGUCAUUCAACGAAUGGCUGCCGAGGGCCACCAGAUUGCGAGUCACACGUGGUCACACGAGAACUACAGUCAAUUGACCACGACUCAAUUCAAGAACCAGAUGUACUGGAAUGAGAUCGCUCUCAACGACAUCCUCGGCUACUUCCCUACUUACAUGAGACCCCCCUAUUCCAUCUGCCCCGCUGCUUGUCAGACACAACUAGCUAACCUUGGAUACCACGCUGUUUACUUUGACUUGGACACAGAGGGCUACCUACACGAUGAUGCCAGCCAGAUCCAGACUAGCAAGGAUAUCUGGGACGAGGCCGUUGACGGGUCUAGCCCUUGCGAGGAUAGCUACCUCGAGAUCGAGCACGAUAUCCACUAUCAGACCGUCUACAACCUUACAGAUUACAUCCUCGAUUCGCUAUUCAGCCAUGGUUACCGAUCGGUUACUGUAGGGCAGUGCUUGGGUGAUCCUCCCGAGAACUGGUACCGUGCCGGCACCGGUAAGGUCCCAGAGUACAAUUUCAGCAUCCGCGCCCCAACUGGAACAUUUACUUGCCUCACCCCUACGGCUACCCCUACGAAGCCCAGCCAGCCGACUAGCACGUUGAAAGUUAGCCCGGACGGUAAAUGCGGCGACGGUAUAACAUGCGCGGGUUCUGCAUACGGAAAUUGUUGCUCUCUUAACAAUUGGUGUGGUGGAUCAAUUGAUUACUGCGGCGCAAGUUGUCGCCCCGAAUUUGGUAUCUGCUCCUCCGCCGACUCGACGAUCCCAACGAACAUUCCCAGCGGUCCCGGUACCCCUGACGAUCAGUUAACCACCACGAACACCGGCGCUGCUCCGACUGGCACGCUUCAAGUAUCAAUUGACGGGAACUGUGGCGAUGGGUUCACAUGCCAGGGUUCAGAAUAUGGAAAUUGUUGCUCAGUGUCAGUUUAGAUUUCUUUUGAUAUUUUUUCCGCUAGAGUCUGUAGGAGGAUGUUUCAUGUUAUUUGCGGGACUUACUCUGGAAAUUCGUGUCUAUAACGUCUAUAUGAACACGAAUAAUCCAUCGUUUCUUGGGUGCCAUUACUAACCC